AUGCACAGGACCGCGUCGACAAGAUCGUUCCUCUUCUCGCGCUUCGGCGUUGCGUCCGCGCGCGCGGUCGCCAGUCAAUCAGACGCUGCCGAAAAAACGCUCCGCAGUCCGAACCAAUUGAACGUUUUAUUGUCCAAUCAAACGCCGCCCACGACUUUUGUAGCCACUUGUCGCGCGUUGCGCGUCAUUGACGAGACGGCGCUAUUGGUGACGAUUGACGUCCGACGUGGAACGUGGCACUGCAGCGACGACUGGAGGCUCAAGACGAACGCGUGGCAGCGGAGCUCUUGGGUUUAA